GACGGUGAAGAAGGCGGCGCGGGUGAUCAUCGAGAAGUACUACACCCGCCUGGGGAACGACUUCCACACCAACAAGCGCGUGUGCGAGGAGAUCGCCAUCAUCCCCAGCAAGAAGCUGCGCAACAAGAUCGCGGGGUAUGUCACCCACCUGAUGAAACGCAUUCAGAGGGGACCCGUCCGAGGCAUCUCCAUCAAACUGCAGGAGGAGGAGAGGGAGAGGAGGGACAACUACGUCCCCGAGGUCUCCGCUCUCGACCAGGAGAUCAUCGAAGUGGACCCGGACACCAAGGAAAUGCUGAAGCUCCUGGACUUUGGCAGCUUGUCCAACCUGCAGGUGACACAGCCCACGGUGGGGAUGAACUUCAAAACGCCCCGAGGAACUCUCUGAGUCGCUCACUUCAUGUCACUUUUACAAUAAACGUGGGGAAACCA